GCCAUCGCUUUAACGCCGGUUUUCACACCAAAAGUGUGUUUCCUUUGAAUGCAAACAAUGAUUGAAUUAAUUUGUCUCUCAUUUUAACCACAAUUAGUAUUAAUUGUCAUUCAAAAUGACUUACAAUUAUGUGGUGACCGCCCAUAAGGGCUCCGGAGUCUCCAAUUGUGUCACAGGCAACUUCACGUCACCGACGGAUCUGAAUCUAUUGAUCGCCAAAUCGACGCGAAUUGAGAUCUAUUUGGUGACCGCCGAAGGCCUGCGACCCAUGAAAGAGAUCUCGAUCUACGGCAGAGUCACUGUAAUGAAGACAUUCAGACCGGAGGGCGAGAAGAAGGAUCUGCUCUUUCUGUUGACCUAUAAGUAUAACGCGUCGAUACUUGAGUGCAUCCGCGGUGAGGGCGAGGCCUUCGAAGUGGUGACUCGAGCGCACGGCAACGUCGCCGACACCAUCUCCAGGCCAUCAGAGACCGGAUCCAUAGGAAUGAUUGAACCCAACGGCAAACUCAUCGGACUUCGGCUCUACGACGGCUUGUUUAAGGUCAUACCACUGGAGCGCGAGUCCAAAGAGUUGAAAGCGUUUAACAUACGUAUGGAAGAGCUGAACGUAUCGGAC